CUGUGCUUCGCGUCAUUGAGAACCAUGGUCUUUCUCUAGCAAUGCCUAGCACCACAUACAUGUACAUGUGCAUACCUAACAGUAGUUUCUAAUAUAAAAAUAUUACUACCGAGAGCUGAACGCAGAAAAACUGUCUCAAGGAUUUUACCAUAAUGAGUAGUCGACGCAACAGAGGAGGCCCACACAAGACACAGCCAGUCACUGACCUAACGAGAUGGCGUCUGUCAAACGUCGAUGGCCGACAAUGCUGGAGGUACAUCGAGGAAGGCCAACCCAUCGAAAGAGAGCAGAACUUUGUGGAAAAGUUCAGCUUAGGACUGGAUAUUAGCAAAGAGGCUCCACCCCUCCCUAAGCCUACCACGCCCCAAGAGGUAGCAACAAACGGGAUGCUUUUCUACUCCAAGCUUCAGACAGAGGAUGGCCACUGGAGUGGAGACUAUGGUGGCCCUCUCUUCCUCAUGCCAGGACUCCUGAUUGUGUGCUACAUUACCAAGACAGAGUUACAGGAUGCAGUCAAGAAAGAGAUGGUCCGGUACCUGCGCUCCGUACAAUGCCCGGAUGGUGGAUGGGGAUUACAUAUCGAAGGCCCAGCUACAGUCUUUGGUUGUGCCACUAACUACGUGGCCAUGAGAUUGCUCGGUGUGUCUGCUGAUGACCCAGAUCUGGUCAAAUGCCGGAAGUUACUUCAUUCAUUAGGAGGAGCCGCUGCCAUUCCAUCUUGGGGCAAGUUCUGGCUGUCAGUCCUUAAUGUCUAUAGCUGGGAGGGAAUGCACACUCUCUUUCCGGAACUUUGGCUGUUUCCGACGUGGAUUCCAGCCCAUCCAUCCACCAUCUGGUGCCAUUGUCGGCAAGUCUACCUACCCAUGAGCUACUGUUACGGGGUCAAGUAUCAAGCUGAGGAAGAUGAUUUGAUCAGAGAACUGCGAAAGGAACUCUACAUACAAGAUUACAAUACCAUCAAUUGGCCUGCACAGAGGGACAACAUCGCUAAGAUAGAUCUCUACACACCCCACAGCUGGCUCUACAAUCUAGCUUUUGGUUUCCUUGACGUCUACGAGCCGUAUCAUUCCACUUACUUUCGCCAGAUGGCUCUUGAUGAGUGCCUUGAUCACAUUCGAGCUGAUGAUCAGUUCACCAAGUGCAUUAGCAUUGGGCCUAUUUCUAAAGUCAUCAACAUGUUGGUGAGAUGGUUGACGGAUGGACCUGACUCUCAGGUCUUUAAACAACACGUGGAACGUAUCCCAGAUUACCUCUGGAUUGGUUUAGAUGGCAUGAAAAUGCAGGGAACCAAUGGGUCACAGCUCUGGGACACGGCUUUCGCUGCCCAGGCCUUCUUGGAAGCUGGAGCAGCAAAGAACAAGGAGCUACAUGAUUGCCUGCAGCACACCCAUGACUUCCUGAAGCUUACACAGAUCCCUGACAAUCCACCCAACUAUCAAAAGUACUAUCGUCAAAUGAACAAGGGGGGCUAUCCAUUCAGUACCCGUGACUGUGGCUGGAUUGUAGCUGACUGUACGGCGGAAGGUCUCAAGGCAGCAUUGAUGCUGGAGACAAUGUGCCCCUCUGUCAGAGACCAUAUAGAGAAGGAGAGGCACUGUCAAGCUGUGGAUGUGAUUCUGAAUAUGCGUAACAAAGAUGGAGGAUUUGCGACCUACGAGACCAUGCGAGGGGGAGUGAUCCUUGAAAAACUUAAUCCAUCUGAAGUGUUUGGUGAUAUCAUGAUUGACUACACCUACGUGGAGUUGACCUCAGCUGUCAUGCAAACCUUGAAGAAAUUCAACACCCUGUAUCCUGACUAUCGCAAGGAGGACAUCAGAUCCACGUUGGACAAGGGCUUGAAGUACAUUGCCAUGAAGCAAAGGAUUGAUGGAUCCUGGGAAGGGUCGUGGGGUGUGUGCUUUACCUACGCCGGCUGGUUUGGUCUGGAAGCCUUUGCCUGCAUGGGAUACAGCUAUGAAACAGGGGCGGUGACCAUGCAGAUCAGGAGGGCGUGCAUGUUCCUCAAAUCCAAGCAGAUGGAAGAUGGCGGAUGGGGGGAGGAGUUUGAAUCCUGCGAAGAGAGGCGGUACGUCCAAAGCAAGACAUCACAGGUCGUCAACACGGCUUGGGCGGUCCUAGCUCUCAUGGCAGUCAGAUUUCCAGAGCGUGAUGUCAUUGAUCGAGGCAUCAAAGUUAUUAUGGACCGACAGCUACCAAAUGGAGAUUGGGCGCAGGAAAAUAUCAAGGGUGUAUUCAACAAGUCCUGUGCAAUCAGCUACACAAGUUACCGCAACAUCUUUCCAAUAUGGGCCCUGGGCCGCUAUGCUCGUAUCUAUGGCAACAGCACGUAGCUGGACAAUUUGCCAAGUUGUCUGAUAUUGUCCUAUUAUGAGGCUGGUGCCCGUUGUAAGUCUGCAGCAGAAAGUGUGGGGAUGAGUCGUGCCGCCAGAGCAGUGUGAAAAAAUUCAAACUCAGUGACUUUGACCUGGUAAAAUAUCCAGGUGUUACAUGUGGAAAACAGAUUUGUUUGACGUGACCCAACUUGCUUUUUAAAAUGGGUCUAUUAUUUCUUGGUGAUAAAUCCGUUCAAAAAGGUUGCGUUCAAACACCAAAGAUUGACCAUGCGAUGGAGAUAUUAUGCUUUCCAGAACUUAAACUCAUUUUCCCCAAAUUUUAUAGUUCCAAAUACUUGAAAUUUCUUUCAAACAGAUAAAUCAGUUUUCACUAUCUAACAGGAUGAGCUUGUACUGUCUGAAAGAGUUUGAUGUACAAUGACCAAAACAUUUUCAAGGAAUUUAACGAAAAGACAAUUUGUUCAGGUUAACCUUUUGCAUUUUGAUGCUAUUUUUCUAAAGCCUCACCAGCCUGUUGUCAAGGAAUUCAAAUUUCAAUUUUUUUUUAUUUUCCAGAAAAAAAUGAAAGUGGCAAGGGAUUAACCUUCAUUAUCAAUUUGAAUCCUGCAAAAAUCUUUUCACCCUGAAAAAAUGAAUUUUCAAUAAAAAUGGAAAAAUUUCCCAUUUUUCAGAAUUUGAUCUUUCUUGUACAGCCACAGAAGUGUCAUUUCAACAUUUCAAGCAAAUGUCAUUUCGUCAUUUUUGCCCAAAUCAAAUAAAUGUACAAAGAGUUAACCUCACAUUUCACAAGAAUGGGCCCAAAUCAGAAUUUGACCCAAAUCUUGUUUUGCCAAAUUUCCUUUUCAUAAUUUUUAGGCCAAAAUUAAAUUCAUUUCCAAGAAGUUAGCCUUAAAUUUAUCAAAUCUCACUGUCAGCCUUGGCCAAAGUUAAUUUAUUUGCAAGGGGUUAGCCUUACAAUUUAAUUUAAAUUGGUCAGAGUGUGAAUUUUCUCUGAAUUUUCAGUGUGCCUUUUUUUUGCAGAAAUUAAAAGAAAUCGCAUGGGGUUAGCCUUGCAUUUUAAUUAAAAAUAGGUCAAAAUUAGAGUUUCACCAAAUCUCAAUUUUGUCAUUUUUUUGUUGAAAGUAAAUUUGCUAGGGGUUGGCCUUGCAUUUUAAAUAAAAUGAGUUGUACUGUUAAUUUUCUCCAAAUCUCAAUUUUUCUCAUUAUUGGCCAAAAUUUAAUUAAUAUUUGCAAGGGCUUAGCCUUGCAUUUUAUUUCAUUUUUUUGGCCAAACUUAAAUUAAUUAUUAAACAAAUGGACUGAAAUUUUCGGUUGAAUUUCAGUAACUUUGCAAGGGAUUAGUCUUGCAUUUUAAUUCAGAGUACACAAAAAUUCAAUUUUCCCUAAUCUCAUUUUCUCAUUUUUUGCCAAAAUUUAAUUCAUAUGCAAGGGUAGCCUUACAUUUUAAUUGAAAUGGGUCAAGCUGUUGAUUUUCUUCGAAUCUUCAUUUUGUCAUUAUUGGCUAAAUUUCAAUAAAUUUUCUCUGAAUUAUUUCACUCUGUCAUUUUUCGCAGAAAUUAAAAGAAAUCGCAAGGGGUUAGCAUUGCAUUUUAA